AUGUCUAUCUCUUAUCUUGCCAAGCGGGCUACAGAGAUAGCUCGACUCAUCCCAGUCGUAACACCUGCACUUCGAGAGCGUUCGGUGCCUCCUCAGCCUGCUCUUCGAGAGCGUUCGGUGCCUUUGCAGCUUCCUAUACAAGAUGUGUUUUACGAGGCUCCUCUUAUCAAUUCAUCUGAGAAUGCUCGCCCAGAUGGUGGCCAGCCUCCACAGCCCAACUUCUUUACAAAACCCUCGUUUCUACCACUGGAACAAUAUGACUUCAGUGGUAUGAUGUUGGGUUCCUUCGAAAAUGGCGGAGAUGACAACCACAUUGCCGGCUCAUCGACGUUGCUACCUGCUGUGCCUCAGACUUACAUCACACCUCCUACUCCGACAGGGCCUGCAGAAUGGGAGGGUCAUCCUUACACUGACGGCUUUCCCAUGGAUGAUGCUUUCGACUUCCCCAUGGACGAUACAUCUGAUGUCGUCCCUGCAGUGAAGGGGCGAAGAUUUCAGACAGCGAAUGCUGUGCUCCGAGAGGGAUUCGUGGAACUCGAACGUAUGAUUCAAGAUCUAAGUAGCAAAACAGCCAUCCCCACUCAUCAGAUCGUCAUACUUUGGAACAAGAGCCAUGCGCGCUCCACCAGUACUGUCAACCAUUGGAACGCUUACAGUAGUUACUUCAAGGACCACCUCAAGGACGAGCUUGCGAGGCUCGGCAGGAGGGCCCCCGAGAUUCAUGGCACACCAAGUGCCACUGUGCGCCGUAAUUGCUAUGAACUCUUCAAGGCAGCAUUCCCGGACAAGUGGCAAAACAUCCUCGAGCUUCAUGAACAGUCAGCGAUGCUCCUGGGUAUUCCUCAGACGGUUGCUAUGCGGGGUCAAGAGUUCCACAAAUUUGGCACAAAGAUCUCUGGCCUUAUGGACUCUGCAGCAGCUCGCUAUGGCUUUGAGGCUGCUUUUGUAGCGUGCGGAAAAGUCGUUAAUCAAGACGGCUCGCUGGGCCUAGCCCAUACGACACCUGGAGCUGAGGGUUUUUGGAAAUCGCGCUGUAGGGCUGAUGAAGAUACUAUCAUCGGUCACUUGAAAGCCCAGGUAUAUAACCUGACAUCACUCGGUGUCGUCGAAGAGGCCUUUGAUGAAGACAGCAUUGGGAUCGAUGCCAACGUACGCGGGGCUUCAGUCCCCCCUUCAGAAUCUCUCGACAUUUCCAAGCAUGGAAUCAAGUGGAUCAAGGAUGAGUUGCAUCGUCAAAUUGAUGCACUGGGCGGAAAACUAACGUCCAACAAGAUUUUUCCGUGGAAGACACUGCCAUCGGAGCUCACGCGUAUGUCAAUGAUCAUCAAAGGAUAUCCGGAGGACAUGCUCCUCCCAGGUGGUUUUCAUACCACCGUAAAUAAAGGUAUCGCAAACCUGACUCUGAAGGAGACCGGCAUUGUCAUCGCAGCCUUGAAGGCGGGGACCAUGAGCAUCAAAAAAAUUGCCGAAGCUAAGCGAGCUAAAGUCCUCACUUCUGAGUGCCCAGUAGUGGAGGGCGCGCCUCCUGCAGCAGAUUCGUUCAUACUGCAGGACAGCACAGCUACUUCCAUAGUCAAAGGCAAAACAUCAAAGAAAGCAUCGGCACUGCCUGCUUCCACAACAUCUCUUGCUGACGAGUCCGAUGACGAACCAAGCGUGUCUGCACCUAAGAAGGUCGACAAGGAGGUCAUUUCCUUGGCAUCUAGUGAUACUCCGUCUGGCUCAGAGGACCUAGAUGAAAACCUGGAGGAAUCAGUGGUUCUCGACUCCGAUUACCAAGAUGAUGUUUCCUCCAAGAAGCGGAAGGCGAAAUCCGAAGGCGCCUCGCGAGCAUCCAAAAAGAGGUCACCGUCUGUUGCGCCUGCAGAGAAGGCAGUCUCAGCAAAGAAGAUGAAAGCCAAACCUGCUAAACGUCUGCUUAAUGGUUCGUCAGCUCAAGAGCAUCCUGUGACUGCAGUCGAUCCCAUCGUGGAUAAUGACGUCGAUGCUCCUGACGGUAGUGCCGUCAACAAAGCUGCAGCAGAGACUCGCUCGAGCAAUGCUGAUGCUACCAACAGCCUCCCCACACGUCCCUUGCCUCCCUCGCCAACUCGUCAUGCUUCGGUAGACUUAUUCCCGGACAACAUCGUGCGUGCAGGAUCUCUCGCACCAGCUUCUAAGUCGCCUGUUGUGCGACCUCCAUCCCUGCAGCGCGGGGAAUCUCUUGGGCCAGCAGCUAAGUCGCCUCUCAUGCAACCUCCAUCCCUGCAGCCUGCGACAAUUCACGACCAACCCAUUGGGCGCAGGGAGCCUGUCAUGGGGAUGCCAUGA